AUGGUAGGAAAAAAUUUCACAACUGUGAUGGAAUUCAUUCUCCUGGGAUUUUCUGACCUUCCCAACCUACAAGGAUUUCUCUUUGGGAUAUUCUCUAUCAUCUACCUAAAUAUACUGAUAGGAAAUGGCCUCCUCAUUGUUAUAACCAAGAUUGAUUCAACUCUUCAAACUCCUAUGUAUUUUUUCCUGGGCCAAUUUUCUUUUUUGGAAAUCUGUUACACAUCUGUCACUCUCCCCAGAAUGCUGGUAGAUCUCUACUCCCAGAAGAGAACCAUUUCAUUAGUAGCUUGUGCUGUACAAACUUGUUUCCUUUAUAUACUGGGAGGGGCAGAAUGCUUGCUCCUGACUGUGAUGGCUUAUGACCGUUAUGUGGCCAUUUGUAAGCCUCUCUACUAUCUUGUCAUCAUGAAUCACAAAGUAUGUAUUCAACUGGUUAUGGCUUCCUGGAUGACUGGGGUUCCAUUCUUGAUAGAAGAGACAUACCAAAUUUUUUCUCUGAACUUUUGUGGUCCCAACAAAAUCAAUCACAUUUUCUGUGAUGCCCCACCUUUAUUUCAGUUGGCCUGUGGAGAAACAUACAAGAUAGAGGUUUCUGUCCAUGUUAUUGCUCUAUUAUUUGGCAUAAUUCCUUUUCUAUUGAUUCUUACUUCUUAUGUCAAAAUCAUAACCACUAUCUUGAAACUGCCUUCAACCUCAGGAAGAUCAAAAGCCUUCUCCACUUGUUCAUCUCACCUUAUAGUUGUUGCCUUAUUCUAUGGGUCGGCAUGUAUUGUGUAUUUGCAGCCAAAAUCCACACAAUCAGCAGGAUCAGGAAAAUUGCUUGCUCUUUUCUACACCACUGUAACACCAAUGUUUAAUCCCCUUAUAUACAGUCUGAGAAAUAAGGAUGUCAUUGCUGCACUUAGAAAACUACUUCCUAAAUAA